CUACCAUUUUUGGAUUUUUAACCUAGAAAACAGGAACAGAAGCCUGGACAAACGGCGUGAAUGGCAUCCAUCUUCCACCAUGGAUAAAUCAUGGGAUGGGCUUACAGAUUCCAACAACUAAAGAUCCAAGAAUCCCAUAAUCCGGGCUGAGAAUUUCAGACCAAGAUCUGUUAGUUUGUUUUCUUUUUAUGACGAAACAGUAAGCCCAAGUUAUUGGACCCCAGCUUAAGAACACACACAGAGUCCUCUCCUCUGGCACAUGGCUGGCUCCUUGUUACAAGACAGAGAACAAACACUAACGGAUUUCAAAAUCCACUGUAAACUAAAUAACACCUGUUUAAUAAUUUAUUUCAAGUCCGUUUUUUUUUUUUCUAAUUUUUAAUUUUUGAGGAAAAAAGGGGAAAAAAUAAUCAAAAUCACAGUCUGUAAGCUCAGAGUCUAUCCGUCAGCUAAAGAGGAUGAUAAAUCUUUCCAGUUUCUGCAUCUUAAACGGCAUCGUAUUCAGUUCUUAAGCUAAUUAUUUAGUGUUCUAAAAAUCUCUGCAGCCAAAUCCCACUAGUGGCUUUGAAAUUUAGGGCUUGUUUUGCGGUGGCGCUGAGCUAAAGGAGUUUUGUUUUGGGUAUCAAAGCUGGCUAUGGAUUACGAGCCUUACGAUAGCAGUGGAACUGAUGAUGAUCUUCCCCCGUCACAUCAAAACAGAAUUCCCAGAGGGGGUCGUGUGGCAGGGAAUGGAAGACCAGUUGGAGGUUCAGUCCCUUAUCCUAGAAUGUAUGGUGAAACUGAUAUGGAGACUCAAAUUCACCAACUUGAGCAAGAAGCAUACAGUUCAGUUCUAAGAGCAUUUAAAGCACAAGCUGAUGCCAUCACUUGGGAGAAGGAAAGCUUGAUAACAGAGCUUAGAAAGGAGUUGAGAUUGUCUAAUGAGGAGCACCGAGAGCUUCUUGCUCGGGUUAAUGCAGAUGAUGUAAUACGGAGGAUAAGGGAAUGGAGACAGGCAGGUGGGCAUCAAUCUGGCAUGCUCACUACAGGUCAAGCUGUUCAUGAUCCAAUACCUAGCCCUACUGUCUCUGCAUCUCGCAAGAAACAGAAGAUGACAUCGUCAAUACCUUCUCAGUCCUUUGUUGGGCCUUCUCCAUCAUUUCACCCACCAGCAGUGUCUGCAUCGCACCAGCCAUCUUCAUCUGCUGCUAAACGUGGACCGGGAACAGGACCCAAGGGCAAGAAGCAAAAACCUGGUUUACCUGGUGCUUCUUCAAUGAAGUCCAUUCCAUACCCAUCAUCAGGUCCAUCUGGAAGAGGGCAAGUUGCAAGUAGAAUAUCUUCCGGUGCUGUUCCUGAAGGUGCUGAUCAAUAUAUUGGGAAGAGAGUCAAAACUAGGUGGCCUGAUGAUAAUCACUUUUAUGAGGCUGUUAUAACUGACUACAAUCCAAUUGAGGGGCGGCAUGCUCUGGUAUAUGAUAUGGGAACAGCAAAUGAGACAUGGGAAUGGGUUAAUCUGUCAGAGAUCUCUCCUGGUGAUAUACAAUGGGUAGAUGAGGACCCUGGAAUUUCUCAUCGUGGCAAUUAUGGUGGUUCAGGGCAUGGGAUAAAUAGGGCAAUGGGUCGGGAUGGUGGUCCUGGUCCUGGAAGAAGUAGAGGGGUAACAAAAGGUCAAUCCAGGAAAGAUUUGUUGCCUUCACAGAAUGGGAUUGGAAAAAAGGUGCCUGAUGAUAUCCAAAUUCUUCAUACAGAUACUCUAAUCAGAGAAGUAGAGAGAGUCUUCAGUGCAAAUCAUCCUGAUCCUCUUGAGAUUGACAAAGCAAAGAAAGUAUUGAAGGAUCAUGAGCAAGCACUUGUUGAUGCAAUUUCAAGGCUUGCAGAUAUUUCUGAUGGUGAAAGUGAUGAGGGUGGUCGCCGUUAUGGGCAGGCAUUGGAGAGAGGAUGACAGAACCAGAUAACAGGGUAACAGUGACUCAUGCAAUGGUAGAGAGACAGAUCUGACUUUGAAGAAUGUCCACCUUUUUGUAUAAAUCCUCACUAGAAUUAUAUAUUCUUCCCCAACAUGGAAUUGCCCUUGGUUUGGUUGGUGUAGGAUAGGUAUUAAUGUAGGAAUCAAAUUGUUGUAGCCAGGUGAAAAUUUCUUUGAUAACAGUAAAAUAGUCACUUUUUGAUUGUGUAACAUUGUUCAUUGAUCCGUAUUUAGUGUGCUAUAAUGUAUAAAUUCUUUUUGUUUUU